AUGAAUCAAGCGCUUUCACCGCUUUCUCGUAAUGAUUCAGGUCUGGGUUCUAAACAAAGCCAAAUGUUGCUGCUUCAGAAUUCACCUUCAAACUCUUCUGGUUCUUCCAAAAGGAGUUUGAAGCGGAGUGCGAGCAGGACUCCGUCGUCAUCACCGAAACGAAGGGAAAAUUUGGACACAUCGCAGUUUCAAAAUUUGGACCUGUCUCAGUGUUCCAAUUAUUCUGGUACAGCAACAGAUACAUCAUUUUCAUCUUCGUGUUUUUCACCAGUUGUUUAUCCUGACACUCAUCGUUAUAUGCACAGCUCUUCCUCAUUUGUCUCUGCUCCUGUGAAGAUGUCGCCUCAAAAUAUGGCGCUUACAUUAUUCUUCACGAACAAAUACGUCUUUAGCAAUCAUUUCCGUUGUGAAAGGCUGCGAAUCGACGGGAGGGAUUUUGUUUGUACUGAACAGUAUUAUAUGUACUGGAAAGCUAGGCUGUUUAACGAUACAGAGUCGAUGACAGCUAUCCUUUCAACGACCAAUCCAAAGCAAAUGAAGAUGCUUGGUACGAGAGUUAAAAAUUUUGAUCCACAUAAGUGGGAUAAAGUGGCUCACAAAGUGAUGGCGAUUGCGAAUGUACGGAAGUAUCAGCAAAAUCCUGCUUUGCGACAAGAACUGUUUCGAACGCAGAGUACUUUAUUAGUUGAGUGUAAUUCGCGAGAUCUCAAGUGGGGUAUUGGCCUUGGAAUGGAUGAGCCUGAUGCUGUAAAUCCUUUGAAAUGGAGAGGGCUGAACCUGCUAGGUCGUCUUUUAACAAGAAUUCGUGAUCGCAUGGCUUUUAAUUCAUGCUAUAGGGAUGAAGUCAUUGCUGCACAGCAGUACUUACAAUCUAUAGGACGCUUACCAUGA